AUGGCUGAAGGUGGUAAUAUUAGCCAGGAUAUCAGCUUUGCUUGGGAGGAUGAACCCUGGAUGGCAUUAUCAAACUCGGACAACUCGGCCACCGGAAGCGAUGAAAAUCUUUCUCAGAAGAUGAACACAACCAACUCCCCAACAGCACCGGCGGCGGAGGAACCCACGGCGGCGAACAAGGCGGCGGCAGGGAUGCCUCCUCCUCCGCCACCUGCUCCCGGGAAAAGGAAGAGAAGGAAUGGAAAGCAGGAGGCGGCGGCGGGUGGAGGCAAAAAAGGUGGCGAAACAGAUCAUGAGUUGCAUAUAUAUACUGAAAGGGAAAGGAGGAAGAGGAUGAGAAACAUGUUCUCCAGUCUUCUUGAACUACUUCCUCAUCUUCCUCAAAAGGCAGACAAGUCCACCAUUGUUGAUGAAGGAGUGAACUACAUCAAAACCCUGCAACAACAACUCCAGAAACUGCAGAGACAAAAGCUGGAGAUGCUCCAAGGCCUAACCACAAUGGCUAAUUACCCUCCUCAAGCCCCGCCGUAUCGAUCUGCCGCCGCCAUGGAAGCCAUGGAAGCUUCUUCUUCAAGGGAAGCAUUCUUAGCUAAUCUGCAGGGUUCUUCUUCUUCAGCACUGACCCAAGAUCAGGAAAUGACGAUGACUCCUCCAUUCGGGAUGGCUCGAUAUUCUACCGGUUUCAAGACCUGGGCUUCCCCAAAUCUGGUCCUCAGCGUUUGCGGCGAUAAGGCCCAAAUCAACAUUUGUUGCCCUAAAAAGCUUGGAGUUUUCAGUGCCAUUUGCUAUUUCUUGGAGAAGCAUAAGCUCCAGGUUUUAUCUGCUCAUAUUUCUAGUGAUCAGUAUCGCAGCAUGUUCAUGAUUCAAGCCCAUGCAACUGCAGGUGUUGAUCAAUUGUCGGAGGGGGCGUUGUCGAUUGAAGACAUAUUUCAACUUGCUACCGGAGAAAUCAUGCUGCAUUUGUCUACCUUAUAA